GGCCGCACCGGAAGUGGCGCGCGGCAGUACGAUCCCUCAUGGCGGCAGCAGCGGCUCGGGCGCGGCGCCGUAGUGACUGAGCUGCGAGGCUGGCGGGCGUGCGCCGAGCCACGGCCCGGCCUCCGCGUGCCCCCCGGGCUCCGCACCCCUGAUGCUUCGUGGGUGCUGAGCCCGUCCAAGCCGGGACGAUGGUGAAGUACUUCCUGGGCCAGAGCGUGCUCCGAAGUUCCUGGGACCAAGUGUUCACUGCCUUCUGGCAGCGCUACCCGAAUCCCUAUAGCAAACAUGUCUUGACUGAAGACAUAGUACACCGGGAGGUCACACCUGACCAGAAGCUUCUGUCCCGGAGACUCCUGACCAAGACUAACAGGAUGCCCCGCUGGGCGGAGCGACUGUUUCCUGCCAAUGUUGCCCACUCGGUGUACAUCCUGGAGGACUCUAUCGUGGACCCACAGAACCAGACCAUGACCACCUUCACCUGGAACAUCAACCAUGCUCGGCUGAUGAUGGUGGAGGAACGAUGUGUUUACUGUGUGAACUCUGACAACAGCGGCUGGACCGAAAUCCGAAGGGAAGCCUGGGUCUCCUCUAGCCUAUUUGGUGUCUCCAGAGCCGUCCAGGAAUUUGGUCUCGCUCGGUUCAAAAGCAAUGUGACCAAGACCAUGAAGGGUUUCGAAUACAUCUUGGCCAAGCUGCAAGGUGAGACCCCUUCCAAAACACUUGCUGAGACAGCCAAGGAGGCCAAGGAGAAGGCGAAGGAGACAGCACUGGCAGCUACUGAGAAGGCAAAGGACCUUGCCAAUAAGGCCGCCACCAAGCAGCAGCAGCAGCAGCAGUUCGUAUAGCUGGCCUGGGCCCCACCUCCGCCACAGCCCACCAGCCAGCGUGGCUCAGCCCCCUCCACCCUUUCCCAUUGUACUUUAUUAUUAAAGGUCAACUUCCAGCCCU